UUUGUUUCAAACAAAGAAUAACAACCAGAAGCGUUAAAGAAGAAAACAAACAGAAAUAAUUGAAUACGUAGAAAGAGUCGAGGGUUUCGGGGUUUCGAGGAUUUAUUCCUCGAAUACCUCGUACUUUCGACUCACCGACGAGACUCAGGUAGAAAAACAAAAAGUUCAGAUGGGCUCAAUCUUUUGGACAAUAAUGGAAAUCCUAGUCCUCCUAUGUCAAUCAAAACUCAUGACGGUUCAGAUAUAAAUAUAACGAAAAUAAAACAGACCUUACCAAUUAAUAGAGUCAGGGCCACCAGCCAGCCAUACUAUGCAACUAUACUAUGAUUAUUUAUGGUCGAUGUUCAAUCUAUAUUUAUAUAUAUUUUUAAUAAUAUCCGCGUAUCACGAUCACCGGUACCACCUAGACCAUCACCUAGAGGACGCAUAGAGGAUGCUACUUUCUCUUUUAUCAUCUCUUUUCAUUAUAAUGCAAAAAUAACAAAAUUCUUUCUUGUGUACCACUGCAAUAACUAUAUAGUCUAGAUUGAUCGAAAGAUCGAAGGAAAAUGCAAUUAAGAUUGUCAUAAGCUUAAUUACAUUUUUUUUCUUCUGUAAAUAUGAUUUCCUGAACUGCUUUGACGCUUCGGGGAACAAUUGCUGAACACGCGUCUAGCCGUCACACUUUGAUGUUUCCUUUUCUGUAUAUAAAACUUAUUAUUAUUUUUUCUAGUACUUCCCUUUCCAUAGUCCUACGCUUCGAAGCUCGCACGCACGUAUCCGCUGCUCUGCUUUCGCUCGAUAUCAAAGGACCGCGCUGUUCUCUACUGCUGUGCCAGCUCGGUCAGCCUCUCCGCUACCUACUGACCUGCAUUUUUCUCCGCUCGAUCCUCGGAGCUGCGCCUCCAUUGAUGUGCUUGCUCUUUCCUUCGGGCAUUUUUUUUUUGUGUUUUUAUUAAACAGUCAACAUUCUACUUCUAGUCUGUCCAAAAAAUUUCUUUAUUCCGUAUUUUCCCGUUUGGUAUUUGAGGUUACAAUUUCCUGUCAUCGCACGAUUCCGAUCUGGUCGUUCGGAAGAUCAGUAAUCAGCCAAAUGGUCGAAUGAUAAUAACAAGAAAAUCGAGACAAUGCGAUUUUGAGGUUAGAAAACCCUUCGAGCGGUUAACCCUCCUUCUACGUUUUUUAUUACAUCAAAUUUGUACGAGAAUUUUAGUCCUUCGCGAUCCGAAGAGAUUGAUUUGCGCAUUUCUUACAUCAUUAUUUUUUUUUUAUUAACUUUUUUCCACUUUUUUCCUGACACCGGUCACUCUCCCGUGCAGAUCUGUUUCCCGCGCUUUUGGCUUACCGCUUGGCAUUUUGACGUAGGCAGUAGCAGCAGUAGCUAAUGACGAAAGAAACAAGCACCAUCUUGCUGGAGUGAUCACUUUCGGAAUUGCGAGAAAACGUUCAUCGUUCGUUUUGAAACCACUUGACAAGUGCCAUCGUAAAUUAUACGAAUUGUUGAAAUUAAUACCGGUGAAAAUUAUUUCAAUUCGAAAAAUUAACCAUCCCGAAUAUUGAUAUCUGUAACAAAGCGUUUAAAACUGAAACAAUAAACCCAAAUUUCUGUUGGAAAAUUAUAUGCUGCGCAUUUUCUAGCGCGUCUAGUUUUCAUUGAACCGCAUUUCAUAAAAAUUUUCAUCAUCAUUAUCGAUUGUUUUAUUUCGUGCAAUUGGUUUCGAAUCGGCAACGUCGAAUGUCGUUUUCUCACGAUACGAUCAGAUGCACUCCACAUGCACUCUCGUUUCGAAAGAGGGGUUGGACUGUGGAACGAAGCUCACGCAUGGUAUGUCGCGCCAAUAAUGUGACGAGAUAUUUUUGUUUUUUUUUUCUUUCAUGGAAAUGGAUUGCUGGUUUUUGGCAUUAUGGCUUUAGUUUUCUCCCAAGGCAAAAUGAUACUGCCCGAGUCGUGUAUCAUUUUACUUUCCAAGCUUCUCGAUGUCCCCCGAAUAUAAUCGAAGGUGUUUCUCAAAAUCUGUCAACUCUGUGAGAGGAGUGUUUCUGAUGUUUUUUUUUCUUCACGAAUCAGAUAUCAAUUCGAUAGUGCACACGAGAAGUUCGGGUAUGAAGGAGCAGCAAGCAAACUUGUAAAUAUACGUUGUGUAAAUAAUAUAGUGUAAAAGAAAAACAACGGUAAUUCGUGAAUAUUAUUGCGACCUUAGAAGGUCGCUGUAUAGUCGAGCUGAGAUGCUUUCGAGAUAUUUAGUUGUGGUGGGGGUAUUCGCUGACGACUUUUUCCCCAGAAUGCCGAUAGUCAACGGCAAAACGAUAAGAGGCGGAAGACGAAGAAGUCGUAGCACUGUGGCGACCAACGCUGAGCGAGAAGAAAGAUGAGACUGGACACGAAGAAGAAAGACUCGAGAGGAUGAACGUAAUUCCGGUCGAUGUUCAACGGUGGUAGAAAGGGAAGAGCAUACCGGUAGCUUCCGGAAGUGAAUGCAUUACGCUGUCUUAUUUCGAUAAAAAGAAGAAAAAAAUUCAUUCUCGCUAUAUGUUAAAGGAAAAGAAGAGAAGAAAAAUGCGCGAAGGAUCGUGAUAGGGCUAGUAUAACUCACUCAACGGGCAAUUAUUUUGAAUAAAUCGAAAAUAUAAGAGAUAGAAGAGUGAUAAACAAGAAUGUACGCGGCGGCGGGUGGUGCAAGUAUAGCCAAUCGAAGGAAGCAGAAGCGUCUUCAGCUUAACAAGCGAGAUGGCUCUGGUGCGCAGGCAGCGGCUGCGCGUGCGCGAAGCCUGUCGGCUCAUACACCGGUUGGUCAAGGAACCGGUCAACAGCAUGAAAAGUUGUCAGUUGGCCAGCCUGCCGUACCGUCACUACAAUUGCCGUUGCCAUCUCAGGUUGCCCAACCAACGUACGGAUUUCACUCGAGUCACGAGCGACAUCGUAAUCGAGGAAAUCGACGAGCUCAAUACGAACGCAAAUCAUCGUCCGCUGUCACCACUAAUCUUCGCAAUAAUAAUAACAAGAACCAUAAUCUUCAUAGUACCGGCGAUAACCGCCAUCGCCUUUUGGCGCCACCGCCGAUUUCACCGAUCAUACAAUUUCCCAUAUCACCGCCGCCUCUGUCACUGGAAUCACCCAAUUCACUCGCCGCAAAUAUCACGCAAUCUUUCGCGAGCAAGACAAACGUCUACGCCAACAAUAAUUCAAGCUCAACUGCAGCCGUCGCUUUUCCCUUUCCGCCGCCCUCGUUCCUCGACCUAAGAGUAUCGCCUUCUACCUCCGAGCUACAGUGCGGAGGCCAGGGGCCGGGGAAAGCGGCGUGGCAAGGAUGCGCCCGACCAUCACCGCUUCCUCUGUCUCCGGCGUCGCCCCAGGGCUCACGAGGCGAAGGCUACAAGACCAAACAGUGCGAAGCUCACCGACGAUGGAUGAAAAGAAACCGGAUACGGGACGCGAGCUACUGUUACGGUAGCAGUGGCGAGGAUGACGAUUUCGACGACUACGAGGACGGCACACUAGGUCCGGACAGUACGUACGACGGACGCGCGGUCGUGCGUCGAAGAGGUGGCGAAGUCAACGCUGCAGUAAACACGGUGCUCUAUGCGGGUCUGGGGACAACUGCACUUGGCCUCGUCAUAUCUUUCGUUGGAACCGGUGAAAAGGGAUUCCUAAGUCCGGAGUUGAGGCUCGUCGGGCCUUCGCUCUUGUGCGCCGGACUAUUGUGCUGUCUUCUGCGUGUACUUUUGUGUUUGUGCCUGUGUCGUUGUUGCGGCGAGUGUCGUUGGCGUCCUUGCAAAUUGGUUACCGUAUCGAAGGAUCCGAAAAAGGGAGCGGGACCAGUCCCUACAUCGGAGCGUGAAAAGACGAAGAAUCCAAUGGGUAAGCCCGAGCGAAUCGUCGGGUCUACUUCAUUACCCGGUUGCAGCCCGAAUGUCGGGGCAAAUGCGAAGUCUCCGAAGCAGCCAUUGACCGCGAGUCUCCUGCCUAUUUAUCCAGCAGCCUCGACGUCACAACGACAACAGACACCGGUGCCUUCUUCGUCAUCGUGCUCGACCGCCAAGUCACACAAAGCUCACGAACUUCUUUUAUCCCCGGCACAAUUACCGGAGUAACCAGAGCUCGCCAAGAGACACGAGUCAUGCUUGACCCUUUGCGAAUCUCGUCUUCUCGUAUGAACUUUCUCAUCAAAUUAUCAUAAUAAAUUAUGAAUCACGAUCUACAUUAAUUCCACGGGUUCGACGUAGCAAGAAAAGCCUCGGGACGGAACAUUCAACGCUGUGUUCUUCAUCUCACGUCUCAUCCCCCGUUGAAACUUUUUUCUACGGAUUCUACGAAUAGACAAAAAGAAUAAAACAGAUAAGGGAUUCGAUUGAACAAGGCUUAUGAGAGAGAGAGAGAGAGAGAGAGAGAUCACUUGAAAUUUGUAUAAACCGAGGAUUCGCUAUAACUACGAAUAGAAAACGAAAUAAUGAAUAAUUAUUGAUUAUCAAUAAGUAACAUCAUCUACUGCCGGUUCUGUCCACCAAUGUGCGGCUUAGCAGUUCGAUCAGGUUAUAGAAAGGGGGCUGGGGGAUAACAACAAAUUUCAAAACAAGAGGACAAUUCGGGCGAAAGAAAAAAUGUUGCAAACCCAUAGAAAAUAUCCAGCUGCUACAUGUUAGUUUUUAAAAACCUACGCGGAGGCGCUUUAUUUCGUCAAUAAAGCGUUGUUGUUGUUUUUUUUUUUUCUUUUUUUUUAAUUCGUAAACGCAAACACGUUAAUUGAAUCGAGUUUGGUGAUUGAUUAUUGUUUCUUUUUUAAUAGGGAAAAAAUCAAUGAUAUGUACUGCCCAGUUUUAUUUACGUGAGAAAUGAACAGAGACGAGACAGGAUGUUUGUAAGCUUCGGCUCGAUCGUAAUCGCGACACGCGCAUCGCUCUUUCACCAACAUACUCACACGCACACAUACUUACGAAUUAAAUAUGAGAAAAAGGAUUCAUCAACACACAUACAUGCCGCAGGCCUAGAUUAAAUGAACGUGAAAAAAAAAUAGCGCUUUAUGAGAUCAUUUAUUAUAAUAAAGAAUCGGCUGAUUUUUUCUACCUA